AUAAAAAAAAUUUAAAAAAAAUUGAAGACAAAGAGAGAGAGUGUGUGUGGAAGAAUCCAAUGCGCCAUGGAGGCCGGCUAGCUGUCAACACGAUACUACGUAGUAAUUACCUUUCAUAUUAUAUGGCUACUAGGGUGGAGCUUAAGGUAAACAUUCACUGCCAAGAAUGCAUAAAGAAAAUCUUGAAAGCCAUCAAGAAAAUUCAUGAUAUUGAAACGUACGACGUGGACACAAAGGAAAACAAGGUGAUUGUGACCGGGAAUGUGACAAGUGAUGAAGUGAUCAAAGUUCUUGGUCGGAUCGGGAAGGAGGCAACCCUGCUGGCUUAGCUUAGUUAAACCCAGUUGUUAUCUGCUUAAUUACUAUCUAGCAGCCCAUUCUCCAAUUUUGAAGAUAAAUUAAUCUACUUAAUACUCAUAUAAAUAUGUAGGAAUUGAUUGCAUAAAUUAGGGUAUUUUAU